AUGGAGGUCCCUGGCUCCUGGUGGCUGAUAGACAGCGACGAGGACGAGGUGAUUAUACACACGAUUAUCACGAAUGCAGCAUCUGUUACAGUCGCCAACGGUCAAGACAUGGAGACGGCAAUUAACGCGAUGACAAAAAGACCGUGGGAGUAUUAUGCGGUGUUUACGUCGAGCAGUAAGCCGAGCGGGGAGAUGCGGGGCUCCGCGGCGCAGAGCGCGCCGAACCUGGGAGGGUUCGAGUUUCCUGUGAUUAAGGAGGCGAAGCGGGUGGUGCUGGUGCGACACGGGGAGAGCACGUGGAACGCGACGGGCAGAAUUCAGGGCAGCUCGGACUUUUCCGUGCUGACCGCGAAGGGCGAGAGCCAAGCAGAGACGAGCCGGCAGAUGCUCGCUGCGGACUCGUUCGAUGUUUGCUUCCACAGCCCGUUACAGCGGUCAGCACGGACAGCGGAGGUUAUUUGGGCGGCGCGCACGGCACCCAUGAUUCCGCUGCACGAUCUGCGGGAGAUAGACCUGUACUCGUUUCAGGGGCUUUUCAAAGAAGAGGGAAAGGCACGAUUCGGUGAGAACUACCGCAUGUGGCAGAAGGACGCAGCAAACUUUGAGAUCGACGGGCACUACCCCGUGAGGGAGCUGUGGGCGCGCGCAGCGGCAUGCUGGCAGGAGAUCCUGAGGAGCGAGGGGCGCUCCGUGCUGGUGGUGGCGCACAAUGCUGUGAACCAGGCGCUCGUGGCCACUGCCACAGGCCUGGGUCCGGAGUAUUUUCGUCUCUUACUGCAGAGCAACUGCGGCGUCAGCGUGCUGGACUUCGUCCCCCACUACAAGCCGCAUGCCCGCACCCACACCCCCGACGACGCCGUCCCUCCGUACAAGGCACACGAUUACAGUCACACUCACAGCGAUGCUGCUGCCGUGCUGGUGGAUGCUGCUGCUGCUGCUGCUGCUGCAGAGGAAGAAGCAGGCGUGGAGGGAGAGGAGUAUUUGCUGCCUUAUGUGUGCCUCAACCGGCUGAACCAGACUCCUGCACCGCCCGUGAUGGCUUCCGGUGGGAGGAAGGCCAAGGCGCGAGCCAUUCUCGUGUGCCACGGCGACACCAACAGCUCAGCACAGCGCCGCUUCCCCCAGUCCCCGUUUGAGCAGCUGAGCAUGCUAGGCGUGGUGCAGGCACGCAAGACAGCCGAGCUGCUGCUCGACGUGCGAGUCGACACGGUCUUCUGCUCGCCGCUGCCCCGUGCGGUGCGCACGGCCGAGGCGGUGGUGGAGGUGCAGGAGGCAGCAGAGUGCCUGGGCGCCGACUGUGUGCCUCGGUUUGUGGAUGUUGUCCCUGUGGAGGAGCUCAGAGAGCUGGAGUACGGCACAUGGCAGGGAGCAAUGAUGGCAGAGGUGUCCGCACAAGAGCGGUGGGAGGAUCAACUCAGAUCUUCGCCGCCGCCCAACGGAGAAUCUCUGCCGUCCCUGUGGGGCCGCGCUGAGAAGGCAUGGACUGUCAUUCGCCGCCACCUGGCAGAAGUGGAGCGCGCCACAUCAGCAAGUGCAGGUGCUGACGUGGCAGCAGCAGGGCCAGGAAGUCCCCCUAUUGAGCGAUCUGAAACUGUUAUUGUGGUGGGCCAUGAAACAGUGUUUCAAGCGAUGCUUGCUUCCUGCCUGAAGCUACCUCAUGAUGCUCUGGGAAGCUUCCGCCUCGACCCUGGGAGCAUCACUGUCGUCGAUUUCCCUGAUGGUGUUGGUGAGCCCAAGGAAAGUAGCGAGUCUGACAAUAAGGGGAACAGUGCAGCAGGAGCAGGAGCAGCAGGGCGGGGGAUUGCAGGAGUGGUGGGGCAGGGUGUGGUGAGGUGUAUCAACUACACUGCUCACUUGGGAAGAUGGGCUGUGCCCGUUACCCUGCCUACUUCAAAUGACGAGGACUUUUAA